AAAACAUUAGGAAACCCCGAAAAAACGUUACGAGCAUAAACCAAAAACAUUAGAUGGCAGAAAAUUAUACAAAAGAGCUGAACCAGAAGAAUGUUAGGGAAAAGUUAAAUUCUGAGAAGAUAAAGCUAUGGCUACCACCUUAUACAACAGAAAAUGGUGAAAAAGGAGAUAUACCAAAAGAUUUGAUUGAUAGAUUUAGUAAAGAUUUAAAACUACCACAAGAUGAAAUCACAGAUAUUCUUGAGUCGUUGAGAAUCCAUGCUAUUCAGAAACUACAGGAAAGAAACAAAUUCCAGGAAUCUGGACUAGCCACAAUCAAAGUCAAAAUAUCUGGACAAAAGUCAAAGGAAGAAAAAAUACCUGGUCUUACAUCUGUAGAGAUUUCAUUAGACAGUAAAGGACAGAACUUUAGAAAGACAAUCUCAGAUAGAAUAGGCAUCCCGCAAGAUCAGCUGAAAAUCAUUUGUCAGGGAAAAGUCGUUGGGAAUGAGACAACAUUGAAGGAACAAAAUGUCAAAAAUAGUUCACAAGUUUUAGUCCUGUGUUUAUCUGUGUCAGAAUCAGAGGCCGCCAAACAACAAGGGGAGAUAACAAAGUUUAUGACAACAAAGAAAGCUGCUGAACUCUUGUCAACAAAGGCAGGAAAAGAUGAAGAUGACGAUUUUGAAAUACAGAUAGCAGACCAAUCAGGCAGACCCCUGCAGUUGCCAUCAGAAGAAAAGAAGGCUCUGACACUAGCCAUGACCUUACAUGAGAAAGGGAGAGUUGCUCUUAAGAAGAAAGAAAUAGCACAAGCCUUGUUACUGUUAUUAGAAGCAGAUAAAGAGUUUAGUAAAUGCAGAGCUGAUAUUUUGAAUGCUGUAGACAAUUAUGCUGUUUUAUGCUUGGAUAUUGUGUGGUGUUAUUUAUGUCUGAAGAAUGUCGAAGAUUUACCAGAUGCAGAAAAAAGACUGAACAUGAGUGAAGAUUGUUUUAUCAGAAGUUAUGGAUCAAACUUUGAAAGACUAAAUGCUGUAAAAGGUGGAUCUGGAACAGAACUAGCAUUGUUUAUGAGGCUACAUUUACUUCAAGGAAUUGUAGCCUUUCAUCAGCACAGACUCCAAGAUGCUAGAAGACUUUUAUCAAAGGCUGAAUUUGAAUUACAACAUUUAGUGGUUGAUUCAGAGAAAUUGACUCAAGUGAUGACAAUGGGAUUUAAUGAAAGAGAGGCUCGUCUUGGACUGCGAGCAUCAGCUGGACAUAUAGAACAAGCUGUGCAACAUAUAAUGCAGAGAAAGGAGGAGAAAAAAGGAAUAUCAAAGAAAAUUAAAGAAGAAAGAAGAAAGAAAAGAAUCCAGAAAAGUUUGGGAUUAACAGCUAAUAAAGACAAAGUGAACGUUGACAGUUAUGAAAUGUUGACUAAUAUGGGAUUUGGAGGAGGAGCAGCAGCAGAGGCCUUAAGACAGGCUAACAAUGAUGUUAGCCAAGCUUUAGAGGUACUAGAAAAGCAUCCAGAGUUUCUUUCCCUACCUGAUCCAGAGCACAAGAAUAUUACAAUUACAGAUGAAAUGUUAGCUCAGGUGUACAGUUUAGGGUUUGAUCCAGAAAUGGCCAGAGAAGCAUUAAAAUUACAUGCAGGGAGUAUCCAGAAGGCAAUAGAUGAGUUAAUACGCAGUGGUGGUAUUAUAGCUACAAGCUCUAGAAGUAGUUCGGAAGGCUCUGAUAGUUCAAGUGCUGACAGUUCACCAGAAGCUGGGCCAUCUAAUAUCAAUAAAAGCGAGGAGAAAAAGAGAAAGAAAGAAGAAAAGGAAGUUUUACAAGAUUUUAUGUCUGACCUUCCUGAAGAUGAGGAAGAUUACUUAGAUUUAACACUGACUGAAGAGGAACAGUUUCUUAAGGAAUAUAAAUCAUUGGUUGAUAGUCUUGGAGAUAGAUAAAUUGAUGGUCACAGUCAGAAAAAUAUAUGGAUGAUCACUGCUUUAUAACAGAAGAAACACUUUUGAAAGUGUUAUUUCCCUUUGUAUCAGGAUAAAUUUUAUGAGGGUCUUGAUGGGGUCCUUCAUUUCUGUAAUCUUUAAUUUUUUAGGACAUUUUUCUAUAUUCUUUAUAUUUUUUGCCAAUUAUUGUCUAUUCUCUAUAUUUUAGCACACCAUUAUUCUCUAUAUUUUAGCACACCAUUAUUCUCUAUAUUUUAUUUUUUUGGCCCAUUUUUCUCUCUUCUUUAUUCUUUUUGACCAUUAUUCUGUAAUAUUGGCCUAUUAUUUGCUGUUCUGUAAACCCCAUCCAGACCCUCUUUUAUUCAUGAUUAAACAAUCUUUGAAUUAUAUUGAUUAGCAGUCUUUUACAAAGGCAACAUUAUGUACUUUUGUGGGUUUACAUAUAUAUGUGCAUGAGGUCUAUAUGACCAGUUCAGGCUUCUGGAAGCCUCUGGUUCAAUUUUGUGAGUUUACAUAGCUAUAUUUAUACAGGAUCUAUAUGGAUCUAUAUGAGCAAUUCAAGCUUCUGUCAUCUGAAAGCCUCUAGUUUAAUAAUGAUCUAAAGUUAGAAUACUUUUCAUCCUGAAUAUGAUAUAAUAUAAUACAUGCCUUAUACAUGUAGCUGCCAAAUCAAAAUGAAGUGAUUGUCAAAUUACUCCUUUUGUGAUAUAUGGAUGUUGAUCCUAGCUGCCAUCAGACAUGACUGAAAUUAUUAAUAAAUUUGGACAUUUGACAAAUGAUUGAACAGAAAGAUCUAGUAAAUGGCCAAUUGCUACAAAAUUAUUGGGAAAUUAGAAUAAUGGUUGAUAUUUCUAACCACAACCAUAUAUGGAAGCCACCAUUUAAAAUCAUUGAACAAAAAUAGAUAAAAUAGAAAAGUCUGAACUAUGGAAAAAUUACAUACUUGUGAAUCUUUAGUAUCUAGGUAGAAAAAGUCCCUAACAAUCAUGUAUAGCCUCUACCAUUUCUGAAAAAAAGGCAAGAUAUUAGUGAACAUUUAAAAACUGAAGCAAAAGAUAUGUAGAAAAUAAAACCAAAAUUCAUAUAUGACCAUGUCAACAAAACCAUUGUAUAGUUUGUAAAAUUUCUUGAAUUUCCUCGUUUUACAUCUAGCAAGUAUACUUUGCUUGGAAAACUAUGUGUGCACCCAAAAAACAACUUAAUAUUUGGUGAGAUUAUUGAAUAGCUAUAAUCAUGAUAAUCAACCUUCCUCAAAAUUAUUUUGUUGUUUCUUGAAUUGGUUGCGCACAAUGUUUCUAAAAAGAAAAUAUGGGUUGAAAACUGCAUUAAUUCAGCCUUUUUCUUCAUUUUCAUUUAAAAAAAAGGCUUGUUUUGUGAUGUGAUAACAAAAAAUCUUGUGUAAUUUAUUUAUAUUUCUUGAUCUUAUGCAUUUCCAUACAUUAUGUGCAAAGUUGAAAUAGAUUUAAAAAACUUUCAUUUUCUUGGGCUAAAAAUGGGCCUUAAUCCCCCUAAACCUCUAAUAAUGAAGUAUUCUGUAAACAACUGGCUGUAACCAACUUUAGAAAAUAAUGCAUUUACAAAACCCCGUUAGAGCUUGAAUGCAUAUGAUAACCAAAAGUAUCAUUACACUUUGACAUCAUGGUUCACCUUUUGUUACAUCCUUAAACAGCUCACUGCAACAAUCCAGAAAAUGUAUAUGUUUUAUGAUUUAUUUUGACAUAAGACAUUGAUGUUCAGUGUAGGAUGCAUGUUGGCUGUGGCCUACUUUAAUGUCCUGUGAAUUCAUUUAUUUUUGUGGGUACCAAUUUCUUAGAUUUAAGGAACAUUUUGUUUUCGUGGAUAUUUGAUUUCAUGAUUUUGUUGUCAAGCCUGCAACUUUUGUUGCAGAAAGCUUGACAUAGGGAUAGUGAUCCGGCCGUCGGCGGCGUUGGCGUUAGCUAACUUCUAUAAAUCUUAAUAUUUCAGAGGGUAGAAGACCUGGAUGCUUCAUACUUUGUAUAUAGAUGCCUUAUGAUGUGAAGUUUACGUCUGUCAUAUGUCCAUUGUCCUUGACCUCAUUUUCAUGGUUCAGUGACUACUUGAAACAAAAGUUAAGAUUUUUUGUAAUGUUUAUUUCUCUCUUAUUAUGAGUAAUUGGAUAACUAUAUUUAGUGUGUGCGUACCUUGCAAGGUCCUCAUGCCUGUCAGACAGUUUUCACUUGACCUCGACCUCAUUUCAUGGAUCAGUGAAAAAGGUUAAGUUUUCUUGGUCAAGUCCAUAUCUCAGAUACUAUAAGCAAUAGGUCUACUAUAUUUGGUGUAUGUAAUGAUUAUGUCCAAGUGGCAGGUGUCAUCUGACCUUGACCUCAUUUUCAUGGUUCAGUGGUAAUAGUUUAGUUUUUGUGUUUUGGUCUGUUUUUCUAAUACUGUAUGCAAUAGAUUAACUAUAUUUGGUGUAUGGAAAUAUUUUACGAUGUACAUGUCCAUCUGGCAGGUUUUAUUUCACCUUGACCUCAUUUUCACUGUUCAUUGCUCAAUGUUAAGUUUUUGUGUUUUGGUCUGUUUUUCUAUUAAUACUAUAUGCAGUUGGUCAACUAUAUUUGGUGUAUGGAAAUAUUUUACGAUGUACAUGUCAGUCUGACAGGUUUUAUUUGACCUUGACCUCAUUUUCACGGUUCAUUGAUCAAUGUUAAGUUUUUGUGUUUUGGUCUGUUUUUCUAAUACUGUAUGCGGUAGGUCAACUAUAUUUGGUGUAUGGAAAUAUUUUGUGAUGUACAUGUCAGUUUGGCAGGUUUUAUUUGACCUUGACCUCAUUUUCACGGUUCAUUGCUCAAUGUUAAGUUUUUGUGUUUUGGUCUGUUUUUCUAUUAAUACUGUAUGCAAAAGGUCAACUAUAUUUGGUGUGUGGAAAUAUUUUACGGUGUACAUGUCAGUCUGGCAGGUUUUAUUUGACCUUGACCUCAUUUUCAAGGUUAAUUGCUUAUGUUAAGUUUUUGUGUUUUGGUCUGUUUUUCUUAAACUUUAAGCAUUAGGUAACUAUAUUUGGUGUAUGGAAUGAUUGUAAAGUGUAUAUGUCUAUAGGUAUCAUCUGACCUUCACCUCAUUUUCAUGGUUCAUUGGUCAAUGUUCAGUUUUCCUGGUUAACUUUGUUACUUAGAUACUAUAAGCAAUAGGUCAACUAUAUUUGAUGCAUGGAAUGAUGUCUGUCUUGCCAGGUUCAUCUGACCUUGACUUCAUUUUCAUGGUUCAUUGGUCAAUAUAGAAUUUCCAUGGUUUGGUCUGUUUCUUUUAUACUAUAGACAAUAGGUCAUCUAUAUUCUGUGUAUGGAAUGAUUGUAUUAAAGGUGUACAUGUAUUUUUGGCUUGGUUUAUCUGACCUUGACCUCAUUUUCUUGGAUCAUAAAUGUUAAUGUGAUACUUGUAGUAAAACUUUAUAUGUAGGACUAUCAACAUAAAAUCAAUUGUCAGUAUAGUAGGCGAGACAUUUCAGCGUGUGCACUCUUGUUUCUGAAUACAAGCUUAUAGAAAAUGUGUAUCGUUUAAAAAUUUAAACUUCUUGUUCACUUUUAACCAAGAAAUCAACAAAAAUUGUAUCCUACGAAUAAUAAUAAAUUCACAUUAUUUUUGCAGCUGUAUUUCUUCAAACUAAUAUUACAACAUCUUACUGUAUUGUAGAAGAUUGGUUAGCUAAGUAUUCCUUUUACUCAUUUGGAAAUUUAUUUAUUUGAGUAAUUAAGGUCUCUUGUUAUAGGUAAUGGUUUUUGGGAGAAAAAUUAAUUCUUAAUUCUUAAUUGUUAUUUUUUGUUUUUGUUUAACUUUACUAUUAAUUUGUGAUUAAUUUUAAUUUGUUGACAAUAAAAAAAAAAUAUUGAUA